AUGGCUACUGCCGUGAGUACUAAUACCAACUCAACCGAAAUUUUCGUACUAUGGUCUAAACCCAUUCCACCAAAUAUCAAGUCUUCACCCGCUAUAUUUUUCGAACAUAUAGCGGCAUUGAUUAAUCAUGUGUGCCAUCAUAUAACAAAAAUAAACAAAUUAGUGUUGGUGGUUUCUGGUGAUGCUCUUAAAAAAUUAAUUAAUGAUCGAAUACAUGAUUUCCCACAAAUCGAAAUCAUUUAUGCGUAUUAUGAUAAUAAUUAUGAUCUCGAAGAAGGUAAAGGUGUUUAUCAAACAAAAUGUCCAAAAAUUCGUUUUAUUCAUGAACGAAAUGUAGAAACACAAUUAGUAGAAACAAUAAUGGUUGGUCAUGCUAUUAAUCGGUUGAGACCGAUUGAAUGUGAAGUAAUAAAUAGUGUUGCAUCAUCAAUAGAACAACGUAUUGGUGCUAAACGAUCAAAUACUAAUAGUUGUCAUUCACCAGAACCAAAACUACUUUCUAUUAUGCCGACAUAUGAUUAUUCUAUUAAGAACAUUGAACAAAUUUCAUCCACUUAUGUAGUUAGUACGAUUAAUGAUCAACAUCGUAUUCGGCUUGGUCAAAUACAAGCAAUGAUAUAUAGUCUAUUGAAUCGUUUAAAUACGGUAAUUAAUGACCAACAGCAAAUUCAUAAUAGUAUUCGUCAUAUUCACACAUUACUUCAAACGCUUGCUCAUAAUUACUGUUCUCUUCAAGCAUCCUAUGAAACAAGCGCUGCUCUUGCACAAGGUCUCAACAUGAAUUAUGAUUUUAUAUGUCAAGAACUUUGGUCAAUACAACGAAAUUUCGAUGAUGCAUUGCAUACCUCGCAUUGUGGCCGAUACAUAUGGAAAAUAAACAAUGUUGAAGAGAAAAUAGUUGAUGCAGAAUCUGAACGACAAACAUCAAUUUAUUCACCUCCAUUUUAUACAUCACCAACAGGCUAUAAAAUGUGCCUAAGAUUGUAUUUAAAUGGUGAUAGCGAUACUCGUAACACACACAUAUCUUUAUUUUUGGUCAUCAUGCGAAGUGAUUACGAUGCUAUUCUUCACUGGCCAUUUUCUUAUGAAGUAUCCUUUUGUUUAAUUGAUCAAUCAACAUUAAAUAAUAAUAAUCAACGUAAUAUAACUGUUGCGUUUUGGCCUGAUAUAAGAUCAACCUGUUUUCACCGUCCUGUUAACAAUAUGAAUGAUGGUUAUGGUAAAAAAGAAUUUCUUUCUCUCGUCGAAUUCGAACAAAAUAAAAACCUUUAUGUAAGAGAUAAUACUAUGUUCAUUGAAGCCAAUAUUAACUUUUUAAGUGAAAGACCAGUAUUGUCGUCGAUUUCACAUGCAGGUGAAUCACCUAAUGAUGAAAAGCACAUCGACACAAUUAGUGAAGAUUUUAUGAAUGCAAGUUAA